AUGCGUCUGUUGAGAGACAUCUCUAUUGACAAACAACUUUACAUACGUUUACACAGCGUUUGUGUCCGCAAUAAACGGCCCAAAAGUUACCGCCGAUUGUGUCCACUCGCUGUCCACCGACUCAUCACCGCUGGCAACACAUCCCACGCCUACUCCACAACCUCUUCAUCAUCGCUUCCACUACUCAUACGACAGAUAAUGAGCACCGCUUCCACCUCUUCAUCGAUGUCCACCACAUCCACGCCAUCGUCUUCGGCCUCAUCGACACCACCGCUGUCGCCAUCGCCGACGCCCUCCCCGUCGCCAACACCGGUGGCCACCAAACAGUACACAACGAUCGCCAUCGAGGGUAACAUCGGGUCCGGAAAGACCACAUUCCUGCGCCAUUUGCAGGACUUCAGCGCCGACACCAAACAGCAGAUCCAGUGUUUUGCCGAACCCAUCGACGAGUGGCGCGACGUCCGGGGCGUCAAUCUGUUCCAACUGUUGGCCGAAGACAUCGACCGGUGGUGUUUCCCAUUCCAGUCGUACGUGCAGUUGUCGAUGUUGGCGAUGCACCAGCGCGUGCCCACCCGUCCCGACGUGACCAUCAAACUCAUGGAGCGAUCCCUGCAUUCGGCCCGAUAUUGUUUUGUCGAGAAUCUGUUCCGUCGCCGCCAUCUCCGCCCCGAAGAGUACGCCAUUCUGGACGAGUGGUUCCAGUAUAUCGUGCGCGAAGAGCACGGCGUUGGACUCGAUUUGAUUAUAUACCUGCGAACGGAUCCGGAGGUGGCCUUCGAGCGGAUUCGCAAACGCGAUCGCGUGGAGGAGAAGGGACUGACCAUCGAUUAUCUCCGCGAUUUGCAUGAUCUGCACGAACAGUGGCUGUUGGGUAAGGGCUCGCAGUUCGCCCGACCGGCGCCCGUCAUUGUCAUCGACGCCAACCAGCCGUUGGUGGACGUGAAGCGGGCCUACGAUCGCCAUUCGGUCGACAUCUUGAAUGGCAGUGCUUUCAAACCCGUCCACAAUGUCUGCACACAGUACUGA